UCAACGCUCAGGUCACUCUUUUUGGGAUCAUGUUUUAUUGCUUUUGUAGACAGAGUGCCACGCCACAGUCGGCCUCCUCGUCCUCAUCAAUCAACAAUCUCAAACGAGCGCAUUGAAACACAUCGCAGAUCACAAAGGGACACCGCAUUACGAUCAUAAGCCAGGAUGCAGACGAGCGUGAUUAGAGACUUCGUACGGGUAUUCGCGCCGGCAACAGACCGGAAGAGGGAAACUGGCGGAGCGAGCAGGGGCGUAGAGCAUCACCGCACCAUGGCCCGGCCCAUCCCGUUGCCAUUCAACGUCAUGAGUUAUAUCGAAGGAGAUGAACAACGACGAAAGCCAAGCAAAAAAAAAGGAAGAAAAAGAAAAAUGGAAAUGACAAAAAGGAAAAAAAAAAGAAAACAAGAAAGGAAACGCAAAAAAAAGGGAACACGCGAAGAAAAAGAAAAAAAAAGGCAGCGUAAAAAUAGAACAGCACAGCAGGCAAUCGCUAGUAAUGCAUGGAAUCCUUAUCUAACCACAAUCAGAGACGGAACUCGCAGAGGAAUAUGCCCGGGCGACACUAGACCUCAACAAGCAAGGAAAGGCGCUAUGAAGAAAUGAAAGGUCGUCAUAUUUGGAUCAACAACAGAGUUGCCGCUUUUCCAUGCGCAGGCAAAAAGCAACAAAGUCAAUAAGAUGUUGAGAAAAAUGAGGGAAAUAAUAAUAACAUAAGACAAAAAAGGGACAAAGGGGAAAGA